AUGGAUCUCAACUUUGGCACACCCGCUCGGCUAGAGCGCCAGAUCGCUCAGGAUCUCCUGGAGACGCAGUCCGAGUUUGAUCUCUCCAUGCCUGGGGGAGACACACGCGAUAUCAGUGCCUCCCUCACAGCCUUGAGAACGCCCUUGGGACCUUCAAAUCGUCACAAUUCGUCCUUCUCAAGGCCAUCCGACUCUUCCGAAGGAUCCUUCACCUCGCCUGCCAAACACACUCAUCUCGCCACACCGCACGCCAACAAGCAACAAGUCAAGCUGGCAACUGCAGUCUACAAUACGCAGCAAAACACUCAUGCCACUCUUCACCACGACGCAAACGCUCCUGCCAUGUCUACUUCUUCGUCCACUUCCAGCGUCUCAGACUCGCCGCAUUCAGCCCACUUUCCCGAUCCAUAUUCGCACGUCAGGAGCACUUCACCGCCGCUCACAUCCACUCCCCAGCGCACCAUCGGUGCACCUUCCACAGUCGGCUCUAGAUCUCGCACCGUCAUGACCGCUCGUCCACUACGUCCUUCCAGCGCUGAGGAUACCGCCUCUCACCGAUUCGACGAAACAACAAAGACCUCUACUUCCAGAGCCACUCGCUCCGUCCGUUCCGCCUCGGCUGUGCUUGACAACCUCACAGAAUCGUCCAUCGCUCCGGAAGAAAUGUCUGACCGCGAGCAAGCUACCCAUGCUGCAUCGCCGCAAUCUUCCGCCCAGUUACGACAGAAUCAGCAAGAUGACUGCGAUUUCGUUGUCUACGAUGCUACCUCACCGCCGCCUGAAUCGCACAGCACAACACCACAGAGCGAAUCUGCAGCAACAGCCGAUACCAUUGACUGGCGGGAGCGCCGCGCUCAACGAAGGCAGCUGGUACAGAACGACGAGUCGGCUGUUGAUGAUGACGAAGAGACUCGCAGUCACGCUGAUGCAGACGAUGCCGAAUCGUCCAUUGCGAAUCCCACCGUCGCUACCCGUCCAGACUCCAUCGCAGAGACUGAUCAGACUGCUACUGCCUAUUCCAGCCCCGCAGCCGCUCGCUUCGCCCGUCAGGCUCUCGUCGCAUCCACUCUUGCUGGCCCAAGGCCAACAACAGACUCUGCCGCCAGUACGCCAAGUCGUCCGCUUCAAGCUCAGCUGGCCACGCCCAAACAUGCGACAGCUUCCGAAGAGCGCGCCAGGAUGAAGCAAUACCUUCUCAACAGCGUCAAAGCCACAGAAAGGACGCAUUCGCGAACAGGAAGAUCUUCCGAUGCUCAUCUCGAAGCCAUCGAGCGUCUCAAGGCACAGGCACAGCUCCACAGAACGCCCGGCUCCCUUUCAGAGGGUGAUGCUGCAACCAUCGAAACAGGCUCACCAGCCACGUCCAUCGAACCCGCUCCUCGACGCAGGAUGGACCGCCUCGGUAAGGCCAACACCAUUGCUGCCGGUCGCACUCCUUUGCCGAAAGGCGGCGUUGCCGAGUUGCUCCGACGCGGUGCCCUCUUUGGCGUCUCGGACUCGAGUGCAGCUUCCAGUGUAGCCGCUCAGAGCCCUCUGCGCGCAGGACCUGUUGCUGUCGAGUCUGCCAAGGAUGACGAAGUCGCAAGCGCUGUCGGCUCCACCACCACCUACUCGGAAGCUUCUUCAAACGACCUAGCUCUCGCAACCAACGGCUCAAAGCACGGUGCCAUGGGUUUGCGAGCCAACACGUCUUUUCCUGGUCUGGGCGCUGCUGACGCCGGCACGGAAGCCAACUCGGUUGCGAGACCACGCGUCGAUGCUGCCAAGCUUGCACUCUACCAGAGCAAGCUCAACGCUCGUCUAGACGCUGAGAAUGACGAGCUCAAACGUGAGCGCGAUCACUUGCUCAAAAAGCUUGCGCAGCUCGAAGCACGUUCACCCAGCCGCUCGACGCCAGCUCAAGUCGAAGAGAUCGACCAACAAUUGCAGGCUGAACGUCAGCGAGCUGAUGCUCUUGACAAAGAGGCUCAAGAGCUUGCUGAUCUUUUGGACGAUAAGGAGAGGGAGCUCGAGUCCCUGAAAUCUGUGCAAGAUGGCCCUCGCGUCGGCGAAGAGCGCCAACAAGAGCUGCGAGAUGAGAUUCAAGAGCUUCAGAGUUUGCUCAAAGAGAAGGAAGAGGAUCUCGAAGAAGUCGAAGGUCGUCUCGAGCGCGAACGCGAGCAAAUGGAAGAGCAGGUUCAACAAGCGAAGGCUUUUUCCUUCCUGACGCUCGACAAGAUCGAAAGCGAAAGGGACCAGGCCCUUGAGCGCGUCCAAGCAUUGCAGGAUGAGCUUUCAGAGCUGCGCAACCCCUCAGACCCGUCAACGGCCGCGCAUAAUCAAGAGGAUAACUUGGCUCUGCAAUUCCGUGUCCGAGAGCUCCAAGACGAGACGCAACGAUUGACCACAGAGCUCGAGGCCAGGAUCGAGACGGCCGAGCAGGCAGCAUCAGAGAUCGAAUCUCUUCGAGAACAGGGCAACAGCGAUGCGGCACGCAUCCGAGGCUUGGAACGUCGUCUUCAUGCGGCCAACGCACAGUUGUCCAAAGCUGAAAGCACAGGCGACCAGGCCAACGACAGUCGAGCAAUGCAGCUCCAAUCCCUUCAGGCCGAACUCCGCGAAGCAAAUGCUUACAUUGCCGACUUGGAAGACAAGGCCAAGCAGCAGAACACUUCCAAUUCGGUUGCGCAGACCUCGGCGCAACAAGAAAAAAUCCAAUUCCUCGAACGUCAGAAGGCCGAGCUAGAGGAUCGGGUCCAACAGUAUCGCGAAAUGAUCAGUAAAGGGGUGGGCACCAACCUUGCCAACCUCUCCAACGCCGAAGCAAAGGGCGACGCCGGGUCUGUCCCGCCAAUUACGCCAGGGCGAACGGCCCUUGCCUCCUCUCCGCUUCCAAAAUCCGUCAUGAGCCUGCGAAACAUUUCGGCGGUCAAGACACCUCGUUCCCCAGGUCCGCUCAGCGAGGCUUCAUGGCUGUACAACGAGUCGAGUCUCGGUGCUGCCAACGUCGUCGACAGGAUCGCCUACCUCGAAGGCGCGCUCGACGAAGCCAAUGCUUCGAUCGACGCUAAGCUGCAAGAGCUCGACGAGGCCGGUGUCGCCCACCUUACGCUAGCCGAGAGACUUCAGCGGGCUCAUCAACGCAUCGCCGAGCUCGAGGCUGAGAUCGAAAGACUUCGCAUGCUCGGUGGACAAAGCAGAGACACAUCAACUGUGAGCCCCAACAAGAGCGUCAGCCAGCGACAAAAGGUGUUUGCCGACGUACAUGCUCAACUCGAGGCGCUCAAGAGCCGCUGGGCUGCUGACCAUGACAAGCUGCAACAACGCGAAAGAGACCUCGAACGACGCGAGCGAGAAUUGCAAGAUCGGAGCACUGAGAAGCGUCAAUAUCAAGACGUGCUUGUCGAGCUCAACCGCUUCAAGGAAGCCGCGUCCUCCUUGCAACAGGAUCUGCAAGAAGAGCGAGCCAAACAGAGACGCAAGCUCGCCGAGACUAAAGCUGCUAGCCACCACAAAGGCUCGAUUGAGGGCAGCUUGUCGCGAACCCAAGCCGAACUUGAUGUGGUCAAGCGCAAACUCGACGAAAAGAUGGGCGGGCUUGAAGAUCUUGGCCGCCAGUACAUGCAGAAGGCGGUCCAGCCUGAAAGCACAAUGGGCUCUCGUGAGAGGGCGCAGCUCGACAGUCAGACCGAACGACUCGCCGAACGUUUCCAGGCGGCUCAGAACGAGGUCGAGCAGCUCAAAGCCGAGCGCAACGAGCUUCUCACCCAACGUGUCGAUCUGCACAAGAAGUACGCCGUCGCCAACGAAAAUUACGAGCAGGUUCUCGCCGACCUCGCCGCCUCGCGAAGCGCUUUGGCCGAACAUCAGGCGCAGCUCGACGAGCAGAUUGAGCAGAUGGAGGCAGCUCACGCGGCGCUUCGUUCGAAGAAGGCUGCGUACGAGAAGAUCGCUGGUGACCGCGAUCGUCUCAGAGCAGAGCGUGACUUGAUCGUUCACGAUGUUGGUAUGUUUGAGCAGGAGCUACGCCGAUUGCGUCGCGAAGCAGACCGACAGGGUGCCGACCUGGAAGCGCUCCGAGCAGAACGCGAACAGGCUCGGCGUCAACUGGCAUCCGAUGAGCAAGCCAAGGAUCAAGAGCGUGCCGAGUUCAUGGUGCAAGUAAGGACACUCGUCGAUCAGCUCAAGUCCAAGACCCAGGAGGUCGACAGGAUCAAGACCAAGCUCGACCAAUUGGAACGUUCUCAACCCAAUGGAGCGUCAGUAGACGAUCACUCGCUCGUUGCCGCACGCCAAAUGCACGAAGCGGAAUGCAAAGGUCUCUUACUCCAGAUCAAGUACCUCAAACUCAAGCUCAACCGCGAGAUGGACCUCCGCUCCGACUUGACCCACCAGAAACAGUACAUCAGCUUGCUUCUCAAAGGUUUCACGCGCUCAGACAAGCAGCUCGGCAAACUCAUCUUUGACCUCAAUCUCCAACAUGCCUCUCGAGACACGAGAAGGCAUUCAGACGAUGUACAGCGUAAAUGGUCCAAAGCCCUCAACGCAGCUCAAGCAGUGGCGAGGAUGCAGAUCUUGGCAAAGAAGGCUGACAAGCUGAAAGAGACCAAGGAGAGCUUGCAAAAGGCUCAUCAAGAGGUGCAGUCGCGACGCAGUGUCGGUUCUACAAAGCAUGGACACGGAGCAGCGGCAUCACUGAUCGGGUUCAAAGCGGGUCCUGCAGCAGCUGGCAACAGACGCUGA